UCUCUCCUUAGGGGGUGCGAUCACGCGCACUUUGCCGACAGAGCGCCGAGGAAGCAGCACGACGAAAAAGAACAUCUCACCAACGAAGAAGAAAUAAAAUUCGUUUGGGCGCUCCACCAUGGAAGCGAUUUUCAGCAAAGUCCUCAAAGUCGUCAUUAAAUGUCGACACUGCAAUGAAAGAAAAGAACACAUCCGCGUCACGAUUGAGCUUGAAUCGAGCACUGGUGCCAUCUGCAAACGAGAUCUUCUGGUGAGACUAACCAAUGACUCUGAUCCACAUUUUCUCUUUAGCCUCACAAUAUCUGAGGAAGACUUCCAAAGUUUGAAAGUCCAGCAGUCGCUACUGAUUGAAUUCACGUCGUUCCCCGAGAUGCUGACGCAGCUUCUUCGUCAAUGUCAAUCGGAGCAGAAUUGCAGCCAUCCCAGGUUCCAGCUGCUGCUGUCGUUUGACUCGCCGUCACUGGAUGGCCCGGCCCAGCUGAACGUGAUGGAGAGCAGCUCCUUCAAGCACCUCAACCUGCUCUCUCUGCAGCUGGCGCAGGCCUCGGACAAGCAAGUCAAGGACUACCUGGCCGCCUGUCUGGCCUCUCUUAAGACCGACAAAGAAGCGUUGGAGGUCAAACUGCAAACGACCGAAGAUGAUCUGACCAAGCGGCUCCACAACGCCGAGCAGGCUCUGUCGGAAAAGAGUACCGAGAUGGAGCGUCUGCAUUUAGAAUGGACUCUUCAGAGAAGCUCUCUUUCCAACGAGUUGCAGUCCGAGCGGCAGAGGGCGGCCGAGUUGCAGGAGCGCCUGCGACAGGAGACGCAGCAAGUCUGCCGAGAUCUGGAAAGCGCUCACCAGCGCAGCAGCCAGCAGAUGCAGAGCCGCCUGGCACAACUGGAGACCUCCUGCGCGGAGCUCGGCGACAGGAAUUUCAAAAACGAGGCCGCCCUCCGGGACCUCAAGUCCAAGCUGGCGGGCGCCGAGGAGGUACGUCUACCAGUAGCGGCCCCGGGGUUACUUGACGGUUACAUGCCGGCUCCGGAGACCGCAGCGAAAAGUGUGCUCCGCGUGACGCAGGAGCGCCAGCGCUUGGAGCAGCGGGUCGGCUCCGCGGACGCCGAGCUGCACGCCAAGGAGCGGCUGGCCGAGCAGCUGCGGGCGCGCGUGGCCGCCCUGGAGCAGGAAGUCCAAGACAAGGAGUGGAAGAUGAGUCUAACGCAGGAAGCGCUGAUGGCGACGCAGCAGCAGCAGGUUUGUGGCGGCCCACUUGGAUGCUGGCGGGCCGCGUCACGCCACCCUCUCUUUAUUCUGCAGGGAUACCUCAGGAAGAGCGUCGACGACAAAGAGGUUCAGCUGCGACAAUUUGAAGCCCAGGUGGAGGUUUUGGCAGCAGAUGUCAAAAAGGGCAACGAGAUCAUCAGGAAGUUCCAGUGCGAGCUGCAAGUUCAGCUGGACAAGAGCAAAUACAAGAGCACGGUGCUGGUGAUGCAGGAGAAGAUUGUGCGCGACACCUCGGCCAAGCUAGAGCGAGCCCAGCAGGAAGCGCAGGAUGCUCGCCGGCAGCUCGACGACAGGGACCGGCAGAUCGCAAGUCUGAAGGAGCAGCUGGAGUCGAGCGGGAACAAGCUGUCCGACGCCAACGAGACAUUGCAGAAGAACGAGAGAGUGAUCGACUGGCUGAACAAGCUGCUGAACGAGAAGCAGCUGCACGAGAAGUUUCCGGAGACGUCGGAGAACGCCCCACUGUCGGCGGGACCCCGAGCACACUUUUCUCCGUACGCGACCGCGAGCAGAAGGAACGACUUUGCCGGCGGGCUGGAUGCCAAAUACUUUAAGGGAGACGACGGCAUCCCCGGCUCCGGUCUUGCCGGCGCUUUCAUUCCCAGAGAGUUGCCGCCACCACGUAACAAAGCUCCCGUGGCUUCAGCCUACUUUCACAGUUGAAACGCACACACCGCACGCUGUCGAUGUUUUUGUUUGCACGCCUGCGUUCUGGUUGUUGAUUGUUCAUUUGUUGUUGUACCUCUCAGUUCCUUAAAUAAAUCAUUCCCACUUUG